AUGGCGCCCGACCCCAAACUCGACCUGAAUGAAAAGAUUCCAUGGGCGGAACCGGCUUGGUACCGGACUGACUGGGAGGAAAAAGGCGAGGCCCCCGAGGAGGCGGCGCUGCAUUAUUGCAGGAGCGGCAUCGCUUUCGAGGACGUGCCCGAAAAGUACCGCCCGCGCGACGUGCCCCGCCUGUCGGGCCUCCCCACGGAAAAGCUAGACGCGCUGCACCUGCUGGUAGCCACCGACGAGAUCUCCCGCGUGGAAGGCGGCGUGACCAUCGCGCUGGGCAGCGCGGCCGUCAUCGGCGCCCCGCCCGUCAUCAACUACGGCACGGAGGAGCAAAAGGCCAAGUGGCUCCCCGGCCUCUUUACGAGAAAGACCAACUUUUGCCUCGGCGUGACGGAGCCCGGCGGCGGCUCCGACGUGGCCAACAUCCAGACAACGGCGGAAAAGACCCCCGACGGCCGCUUCUACGUGGUCAACGGCGCGAAGAAGUGGAUCACGGGCGCGCCGUGGGCGACGCACAUGACCACCGCCGUACGGACGGGCGGCGGACCGGGCAUGCGGGGCAUCUCGGUGCUCGUGAUUCCGCUCGACAGCCCCGGCGUGGAGGUGCGCAAGAUUUACAACAGCGGCCAAAACGCGGGCGGGUCGAGCUUCGUGGACCUGGACAACGUGCGCGUGCCCGUGGAGAACCGCAUCGGGGCGGAGAACAAGGGCUUCGCCAUCAUCAUGCGCAACUUUAACAAGGAGCGCUACGUGAUUCGCCGCAAGUUUGCCGAGCUGGCGUACCGCGUCGAGUCCCACUGGGCGUUCUUGGAGCAGAUUGCUUUCCAGGUCAACUCGUCCGCGCUGGGGUGGCAGGCGCCCGACAUCGCGAGCCAGAUCGCGCUGGCCAAGGUGCAGGGCGGCCAGAUGCUCGAGUUGGCGGCCCGCGAGGCGCAGCAGGUGUUUGGCGGCGCGGGGUACCAAAAGGGCGGACGGGGUGCUACCGUGGAGCAGAUCAGCCGAGACCUGCGAAUGAUGGUCGUUGGAGGAGGCAGCGAAGAGAUUCUCUGUGAUCUUGCCGUACGGCAAGAGCUGUCCGCGUUCCAAGCCAAUAACUCGAAGCUAUAA